AUGGCACUCUUUUUCUCACUUCAAAGUCUUCUACUUCUACUACUAAUUUUCUUCCGUCUAUGCCAACUUGCUAGGCCUUAUACUGUUAUAAUGUCCGACUCCUCUGCUCUAGUUGACGGGCCACAAACUGGGUUCUCCAUGAACAAGAAAGGGUUCCGAACCGACGUCCACGAGCAAGAAGCAGUCUACGACAUCAUGAGGGCCACCGGGAACGACUGGGCCACCGACAUCCCCGACGUGUGCCGUGGCCGGUGGCACGGCAUUGAGUGCAUGCCCGACAAGGACAAUGUCUACCACAUCAUCUCGCUCUCCUUCGGGGCAUUAUCCGACGACACUGCAUUCCCAACAUGCGACCCGACCCGCUCCUAUAUUUCACCAUCGGUCACUAAGCUUCCACACAUUAGGACCUUAUUUUUUUACCGUUGUUUUAGUCAAAACCUUCAGCCAAUUCCAGCAUUUUUGGGUCAGUUAGGUGCCACACUACAAACUUUGGUGCUUAGGGAAAACGGCCAUGUGGGUCCCAUCCCAAGCCAACUAGGCAAUCUCACCCGUUUAAGGGUUCUUGAUCUUCACAAAAACAAUCUCAACGGUACAAUCCCGGUCUCACUGGGCCGAGUGACCGGUCUAAGGUCGUUAGACUUGAGUGGGAACAAACUAACCGGUUCAAUACCCAGUUUAACGUUCCCGAAUCUGAACAUUUUGGACCUUAGCCAAAAUCUUCUAAUGGGUUCGAUCCCAUCUACUCUUGGAACCUGUCAUUCCUUAAUCAAAAUAGAUUUUAGCCGUAACCGUCUGAUCGGUCCAAUCCCCGACUCAAUCGACGGUUUAAAAGACCUUAUGCUUAUGGAUUUAAGCUACAAUCUUCUCACGGGCCCACUUCCCAUAUCAAAACUUGGAAGCUUAAUUUCUCUCCAAGCAUUGAUUAUGAAAGGAAAUCCAAUGGGGCCUAAUGCAAUUUCUAGCAAUGGGUUUGAUGGCAUGAAAGGCUUAAUGAUUUUAAUCUUAUCAAAUACGAACUUAAACGGUCCAAUCCCGGGAUCGCUUGGCCGGUUAGCAAACCUUCGAGUCCUUCAUCUCGAUGGGAAUCACUUCAAUGGGUCAAUUCCGGCAAACUUUCGAGACUUGAAGAAUCUAAACGAGUUAAGAUUAGACGACAAUCAACUAACGGGGCCGAUUCCUUUCGGGAAAGAAAUGGUAUGGAGGAUGAGAAGGAAAUUAAGGCUCUAUAACAAUUCCGGGCUAUGCUACAAUGCCAAUAGUGGCAUAGAAGAUUUGGAUGCAUGGCUUCAUCCGGGCAUUGGUUUAUGUGACAUGCCACGGCCAGCAACACCAGUAGAGCAUCUUUCUACCAUUGAAACAUACAUGCCAAGAAAAUCUGUUGUAUCCUCUGCUGCUUUUUUGAAAUUUUCAGUUCAUGUUAGUUUGCUUCAACUUGCUACUUUUGUAAUUUCUACUUUGUGGCUUUAAUGUAAUGUAGAAAUAAAACCCAUGUCAUAUAUAUAUAUAUAUAUAAUAUUUAGUUUUGCCUGUAAUAUAAAU